AUGGCCCCAGGUCUCAUGUCCUCCCAAGGCAAAGGCGUCUACAACGCCCAAGCGGUCGAAAACAAAUCCGCCGCCCUCGCCAACGCUAGCGACAAAGAGGGUCUCGGAGGCGGUAGAACCUUCCAAGGUCAAUCCCAACUUCCUCAUCUUCCCAUCCCCACCCUCGAAGAAACAUGCGAACGAUACCUCUCCUCCCUCCAGCCCCUUCAGUCUCCCGAUCAGCAUGCUACCACCAAGCAUGUCGUUGAAGAGUUCCUCAAGAAUGACGGUCCGAUCAUCCAAAAGCAGCUGCAGGAAUAUGCUAGUACACGAGCAAGCUACAUUGAGGAGUUCUGGGAUGAAUCUUAUCUUCAGGCGUCGGAUUCGGUCGUCUUGAACCUCAACCCGUUCUUUAUAUUAGAGGAUGAUCCGACUCCGACGAGAGGUAACCAGUUGAUGAGGACUGCCAACUUGAUCCUGGCGAGUCUGGCAUUCAUCCAUGAUCUGCGAACGGGUGUGUUGGAGCCGGAUAGUGUUAGAGGUACACCGCUGGAUAUGUUCCAGUACACUAGACUAUUCGCUACUUCCCGUAUUCCAACAGCGAAUGGGUGCAGGAUGCAAGUCGAGCCGGAGUCGAGACAUAUUGUUGUCAUGCGUAGGGGACAAAUCUACUGGUUUGAGGCCCUCGAUGAAGAACACCGUCCAUUGCUCACCGAACGUGCUAUGCUUGGCAACCUGCAAGCUAUUAUGCGCGAUGCAGACAAGGUCAAAGUCGAAGACGUCGCCAAAGGCUCUGUCGGCAUCCUUACCACCGAAAAGCGUCCCAUCUGGUCCAUGUACCGAGAGCAUCUCCGCGAAGACAGCCACAACCGCAAAUGCUUGGAAGUCGUCGAUACCGCCCUCUUUGUCGUUUGCAUGGACGAUUCCGAACCAGCCGACGCCGCCGAGUUGAGCAACAACAUGCUCUGCGGUACCUACAAGCUUCAACGCGGUGUUCAGUCCGGUACUUGCACCAACCGAUGGUACGACAAGCUCCAGAUCAUUGUCUGUGCCAACGGUGCUGCGGGUAUCAACUUUGAACAUACUGGCGUGGAUGGUCAUACUGUAUUGCGAUACGCUGCGGACGUGUAUACCGAAUUGAUCAUGCGAUUUGCUAAAUCGAUCAACUCGGCGACCAAGUCUCUAUUCAAGGCUAAGACGAGCCCUUUUGCGAAAGGUGCAGGCAAGAAAGCGAACGGAACCACCAGCGAAAUCGACGCGUGUAAGGCACAGGAUGUCGACCAGGCUACCGCGCCCAAGAAGCUCGAAUGGAACUUGACUAGCAAGUUGGCAGAUGGGAUCAAAUACGGAGAAACGAGGUUGUCGGAUUUGAUCUGUCAGAACGAGUGUCAGGUGUUGGAGUUCGAUACGUAUGGUAAGAACUUUAUUACCAGGCAUCGGUUCAGUCCUGAUGCAUACGUACAAAUGGCUUUCCAGGCUGCGUAUUACACGCUGUAUGGAAGGUGCGAGACGACGUACGAGCCUGCAAUGACGAAAGCCUUCUUGCAUGGUCGUACGGAGGCUAUUCGAACCGUGCAGCCCCACUCGGCCAAGUUUGUGGAGACGUAUAUCUCUUCAGACGCAAAGGUGGAGGCAAAACUCGAUGCGUUGCGCGAGGCAUGUGAUGGACACUCGAAGCUCAGUAAGGCUUGUGCUAGUGGUAAAGGUCACGAUCGACACCUCUACGCGCUGUACAACCUGUGGAAGAAGCUUCAAGCUGAAUCCUCGCCCGGCUCUGCCAAGACCGACCCUCCUGCUAUCUUCACCGACGCAGGCUAUGCAAAGCUGAACAACACCAUCGUUUCUACUUCUAACUGCGGUAACCCCGCUCUCCGCAUGUUCGGUUUCGGCCCUGUCGUCCCAGACGGCUUCGGUAUCGGCUACAUCAUCAAAGACGACGGCAUUACCGUCUGUGCUUCUUCCAAACAUCUCCAGACUAAGCGGUUCCUGGAUACGCUCGAAGCGUAUUUGUUGGACACACAAAGCAUGAUCAUCGAGACGUACAAAGCGGCAAAUGUACGCGCGAAGAGUACCUACAUCGACCAUGCAGGUGUAGAGUGCGACGUUAGGACUGGUCUGCCGAUCGGUAGCAAGAGCAAUGGUUACAGUCAGGACUAUGACGAUGUGGUCGGACAGGGACAUCAGAUUGGGCAAUCGGGCUACUCGUUCUUUGGUGACGAUGCAAAGUUGGCAGCUAGUAAAGAGAUGGAGAGGAGUGAAAGUGGUGGUGAGGUUAGGAGGAAGAGGUUAGCUAGUAUCGGGAAGACAAUUCUGUAUGAUGAGUACAACUAA